AUGCGCGAUCACAAGGCUGGUUGUUUUGUUGUUGUUGUUAUUGUUGUUAUUGUUGUUGCCUUUUUAUUGUUGUGUUGUUGUUUUCAUUAUUCUUUGAGUCAACAACGAACUUCUGAUAGCCAAAUAAAAAUUAUUAAACAUACCUUCCUCUUUCUACAUAUUUUAUAUGAAAACUGCCAUAAAUUGCCCCAAUUUUCUCGGCAUGCAGAGAAACGUAAUGUAUGCGUGACGUUUUCGAUCGAAGAUGGUGUUCUAGUGGCGGGAGGAAUAGAAUUUCUAAAUUUUACAUCUACGUCAAAAAUAACAGAUGAUGCGAUGGAACCCUUCGCAAUUUUGGAGAAAAUUCAAAGAUCUCUGGAGUGUCGAAAUUUUCCUGACCUUAACUUUAAACCCAAACAAGUCAAGUGCUUGGAGUCCAUAGUAAGAGGACAGGAUGUCAUUGGGGUGUUUCCAACAGGAUAUGGGAAAUCUUUAAUUUUUCAACUGUUACCAGAUGUCAUGAGAAACAAAGACGAAAAAUCUUCAAUUGUCAUUGUAAUCACUUGUUUAAACGCAAUUAUGGAAGAUCAAGUGAAUUUUCUGAAAAAAGUAGGAAUGACUUGCUACAUCCUACGUGACUUAAAUUUUGAGGAGAAUGCUGUACAGACGUUGUUUGAGGAUAUCUGUCUGAGUGAUAAAACAGAAGAUGUCUUACCAUCAUUUGUAUUGGAUGGUCAUUGUGACUUCCUAUUUUGCCAUCCAGAGGCUAUAUUGAGUGAGAGAGGAAGAACUUUGAUGAAAACGAAAAUUUAUCAAAAAAAUGUCAAAGCUUGUGUCAUGAGGCUCACUGCUUGGACACCUGGUAAGGGAAAAGAAUUUCGCAAAGAAUUUGAAAACUUGGGAGCAAUGCGAGCUUUUUUUAGAGAGGUACCUUUUAUCGCACUUACAGCUACCGCAACAGAAAAAACACUGGCUAAAAUAAAACAUAUACUUGGAAUGAAAACCCCAACAAUAAUAUCUGUUAAUCCAAACAGAAAAAAUGUAUACAUGUGCAAAGAAAAGAGAAAAGUUGGUGAAGAAGGUAUUGAAAAUAUCAUCUUGCCACUUGCAAAGGAGCUAAAAUCACUAAAGAAAAGUUUUCCUCAAACUAUUAUAUAUUGUGGAUUGAGGUUUUGUGGGUAUAUAUACAAGUUAAUAAAAAAUGUAUUAAAGGAACACAUGUAUGUUGAAAACAUAACAAACCCUAGCAAUUGUUUAAUUGUGCAAUUUCACGCACCACAAACAAAGUCAAUGAAAAACGAAAUUCUCCUUGAAGUUGCAAAAGAAGUUUCAAACAUUCGCGUUAUAAUAGCAACUUCUGCGCUUGGUAUGGGUGUUCAUGCACCCUAUAUCGAACAAAUUUUCCAUAUAAGUCCACCAAGUACCAUCGAAGACUAUAUGCAGCAAUUUGGACGGGCUGGUCGAAGAGGGCAAGAAGCAUUGGCAAGAUUGUACUAUACCGGGCAUGAUAUCAGCAGUAGGCGUUUAAAACAAAAUAAAGUUGAUGAACAUAUGGUGAAUUUUUGUACUACGACACAAUGCCUUCGUAAAGUAUUGAUGAUUCACUUUGGAUAUCAUUAUCAACCCCAGGAUCAAUGCUGUAGCAAUUGUGAUUCUUCACUCUUGAAAGAACCUAAAAAAGAGGAACGUAUUGAAUAUAGAGAAGUAUCAGAUGAGAGUUUAAAGAAACUAUCAGAUGAACUUGAUAAUAUACUGGCAGAUCACGACCAAGCCACACAUGAUGCAGCCAUGGAGUUUUAUAACAUUGUGGAUACAGGAAACUUGGCUGAAAAAUUUUCAGAAAUUAUUAUUAACAUUGAGUAUGUCAACGAUGUGGAAAGCUUGUUAGAAUAUCAGUUGUGGGAUGAAUUUGUUAGUAGCAGAGUUUUUAAAGUUAUUGAGAAGUAUACCACACUGAAGUAA